AUGGAUGUGUCGCCGACCAUCAACCUGUUUUGCCAUUUCUACAUUCCGAUGUCCAACGGGGAUUGGGUUUCUUUCUCUCUUCGCCAUGGUUUGGUGGAAAUUUGUGACGGUCUUCCAACCUCCAUAAAGUAUUGGAAAGAGGAGUUCUUUUUCGUUCAUGUCUCUGCUUUCUCAAGCCCCAUGGCAUACGCUACCGCUGACAGAGCCGCUGACCCCAGCCCCGAGUUAUCGUCCGACGAGCAACUGAUAACAGAGAGGUCAUCAGACAAUUUUGUUCGAUGGGUGGAUCCCGAUGAAGUGACGUUGGGUAUGGCUGACAUGAGUCCCCAUUGGAACCGUUUAGGUAAGAAGCCGAUGGAGAUGUUAGAGGGAAAAGACGUAACCCUUCUUGACCGACUUCAUCGGAGACAGAUUGCGAACUCCGCGUAG